GCAGGUGGCUCUCAUUAAACAACCCCUGCUCAGUCAGCCUUCAGACGGUCACAGUGAACAAGUUCCGCCAUCACUAUAGAUACUAUAACAUGACAGACUCGGGGCAAAAGUUCAAAAUAUUGAAGUUUUUGAAGAUUAUUUUUGUUAGCUUCCUCAUUAUAAUUCUAGUGUUAUGCACUAUAGCAUCUAUCAGGACUUUUUCACUGGACGUGAAUGUCGGACUUCAACUCGCACACUGGGAGAAGACGAAUAACAUCUCUCUUGUCAUAGACCACAAACAGAGAGAGGAGCUUCUUGCUAAUUUUAAAGAAGCUAUACGGAUCCCUACUGUGUCAUUCUCCGGGACGGAGAUCAACACCACCGCGCUGCUUGAAUAUGACAAGCUCCUCCGAAAAGCCUUCCCAACAGUUUUCUCUUCACACUUGGUUCGUCAUGAAUUGGUGGCAAACUACAGCCACCUGUUUUGGGUGCAAGGAUCACAGCCUGACCUGUUGCCAUACCUGCUGUUGGCCCAUAUCGAUGUAGUACCUGCCUCAGAGUCGGAUGGCUGGGAGGCCCCACCAUUUUCUGCCAAGGAGAUAGAUGGCUUCAUCUAUGGUAGAGGGACCAUAGAUGACAAGGGUGCUCUUAUGGGAAUACUUCAGGCCCUGGAGUACUUGCUGAUUAAAGGUUAUGCGCCACGCAGAGGAUUUUACAUUGGCCUUGGUCAUGAUGAAGAGGUCAGUGGUUACAAGGGGGCAGUGAACAUAGCGCGUCUGCUGAAGCAGCGUGGUGUGCAGCUGUCGUUUGUCCUGGACGAGGGCCUGGCAGUACUUGACGGAGUCAUCAGUGGUCUUGAGGGACCUGCUGCCUUAAUUGGAAUAAGUGAAAAGGGCUCGGCCACCGUAAAGCUGAGUGUGUCUACGCUCCCUGGUCACUCCUCCAUGCCUCCCAGAGAGACCAGCAUUGGGAUCUUGGCUGCAGCAGUCAAAAGACUAGAAGAGAACCCCAUGCCGAGGUUAUUUGGUCAUGGGCCUGAACGUGGAACCUUUGAACACCUGGCCCAUAAGUUCAGGCUCCCAGUGAAGUUCAUAAUGUCGAAUUUGUGGCUGUUUUCCCCACUCCUUGGCAGGGUACUGGAAAGAAAAUCAGACACUAAUGCUUUUGUAAGGACAACCACAGCAGUCACCAUGUUUAAUGCAGGAGUUAAGGUGAAUGUCAUCCCUUCCUUGGCUGAAGCUUAUGUAAAUCUGCGAAUCCACUCUGCACAGUCAUUACAAGAGGUCCUGGACCUCAUCGAGUCAACAGUAGGGGAUCACCGUGUGACGAUAGAGCUUGUUGAAGGGUUUGAUCCUCUCCCUGUCAGCUCCUCUGAUGAAAUAUCCUUUGGCUUCCAGAUCAUUAAAAAAACUGUGUUGGACAUGUUUCCAACCAUUACAGUUGCUCCAGGUAUCUGUAUUGGGAACACAGACAGUCGACACUUCAAAGACCUGACCAGUGAUAUUUAUCGCUUCAUCCCUAUCUGGUUUAAACCAGGUGAUGCUCAGAGAUUCCAUGGCAUCAAUGAAAGGAUUUCCAAAAAGAACUACGAGGAGAUCAUACAAUUUUUCUUCAGUCUGAUUCAAAACUGUGACAUUCAGAAGCUGCCUGAGCCUCACAGCUCUGUCCAUGAACUCUAAGUAUUGGAUCGUAUUGGUAACAAGCCUAACAAAUGCAAUACAAAAGUAUUGCAACAGCAACAUUAUUACUGCAACAGCACUGAACAGGACCACUACUGGACUCAUUCCUUGGUCACUCAAUUUCACAACCAAAAUGAGGCCAUUCUGCCUUAUAGAGCCAAAAGGUACAAUUUUCCACUGAUCUGUAAUUUUAGCUUUACAAUAAAUAAUGGACUCUUGUUGGUCUCUUGCACUAAAAUGAUCACAGAUGAACUUUGUGGAGCUUCUUUGCAUUUGUGAUUAUGAUUUUGUGGUACGCUGCUGUGAUGAUUUUUUUAAACUUGAAACUGAAAUGGUAUAAAUUGAUGAAAGGACUGAAUACCCAACCAGUUCUGCUUGAGGUUUCUUCCCGUUUAAAGGGGAGUUUUUCCUUACUGCUGUUGCCAAGUGCUUGCUCAUGGGG